UCACCAGCCCAGCAACUUGAGGGUCACAUUUUAUUUGCACGCAUCUCAGGAGGAAAGGAAAAAAUAAAAAGGUCAUCAAAAUGCCAGCCAACCUCUGUGGUACAUGGGACUUAAUCAGCAAUGUCAACUUUGAGGGCUACAUGAUUGCACUGGGUAUCAGCCGUCCCGUCCGAAAGAUUGCUCUGAAAUUGAAGCAGAGGAAGGUGAUCGAGCAGCAGGGGGACCAGUACAUCAUCAAAACCAUCAGCACCGUCAAAAACUACACCAUCUCCUUUAGAGUGGGUCAGGAGAAUGGGGAGUUUACCCGGGGACUGGACAACAGACAUGUCAAGUCACUGGUGACAUGGGAGGGGAAUAAACUGGUGUGUGAACAGACUGGAGAGAAGAAGAACCGGGGAUGGGCUCACUGGAUGGAAGAGGACAAGCUACAUCUGGAGCUGUACUGUGAAGGAGAAGUCUGCAAGCAGGUUUUUAAGAAGAAUGUGAACGAGUAAAGAGGAAUGAAAGUUGUAUUUCGGGAGAACUGUGAUGAAAGGCACAAUGUGUUAGAUCCAUCACUCUAAACCCUGAAAAACAAAAACACACCGAAAAGUUAAGUUUGUGGUAUUUCCUAUGUAAUGUGACUUUGUUCGGGAGAGAAUA